AUGAGUGAUUGUGUUACAUCAAUAUCAUAUAACUAUUUGUUCAAAGUACUUCUUGUUGGAGAUCCUAAUGUUGGAAAAAGUUCAUUACUCUCACGAUAUAUUGAUAAUGUAUUCAAUGAAGAUACUACUACAUCUAUUGGUGUUGAUUUUAAAUUUAAAUCUAUCUUUAUUGAUAAUGUAAUUGUCAAAUGUCAGAUAUACGAUACGGCAGGACAAGAAAAGUUUAGAGAAAUAGGUAAUUCAUAUUACAAUGGAGCACAUGCAGCUCUGUUAGUAUUUGAUGGUGGGGACAUUUCUACAUUCCAAGGGCUUGAGAUAUGGCUACAAGAUAUCAGAAAAUAUAACACCAAUAUCAAAAUACUUCUUGUCUGUAAUAAAUGUGAUCAACCAGUAAAUAUCCCUGAAGGUACUAUUAGUUUAUAUGCUAAAGAAAUCUCAGAAGAAGGAAAGUGGAUAAAAACAUCGGCAAAAAAUGGAGAAGGUGUUACUGAAGCAUUUGAAACGGUGAUUAGAUUGUUAUUACCAAAGAAGAAUGAAGGAAACUCAAUUGCAAAACAUAAAAAGAAGUGCACUCUCUUUUAA